AUGUCUCCAAUCCUUCCACCUAUCCAAUCAUUCAGCGCAUACAUGGGCGACUUCCAGCCAAUCAUUCUUGAUAUCUUGAACCACGCAGAAAAGCCACAACCCGUUGUUGAGAAAAAACAAAAGAUCAAAUACAACUGGACACCCCAGGAAGAUUAUUACCUUCAACAAUUCGUAUCAAUGUAUGGUACUAAGAAUUGGUUCCUUAUUUCCUAUAAGAUGGGAUCAAGAAACCCAAGACAGUGCCGUGAAAGAUGGGAAAACUACAUCAACCCAGAGCUUUCAACAGAUCCAUGGACAUGCGAAGAAGACCAGCUCCUCAGAGAGAAGUAUAAUGAGUUAGGAACUAAGUGGGGAAAGAUUUCCAAAUUCCUCAAGAACCGUUCUGCCAUAGCUGCAAGAAAUAGAUGGUACCAACUCACAAAGAUUGCUCGCAAAGAGAAGUUGUGA